ACUUGAUGACCUGUGCUCAUUUGUUACGAUAACCAGCAUAAAUUGUUUUUCUUCUGCAAGGGACUAUUUAUCGAUAAACCCUAUCCUCCUAAGAUCUUAGCUAUAAAAACACAAACGCAGCCAAAAAUUUUAAAACGGCAAAUUGCCAGUUUAUUGCAGUCCGCUGCACGCAUUUCCUUUUAGAUUUACCAACCAGCUCAGCGGGUUUUAAAUCCGGAACACCGCUGUGUACGUUGUACUUCAAGCUACAGAAUCUUUGAAUUCAAUACCCUUUGUUCUAUUUUUCCACUGCAUGUGACAAAUGGAAAAACUGUCUCCACAGAUGCUGUCUUCUGUCAGAUCUGUCAAAGGGCAAAUUAGGAUCCACUGGUGACUCCACCAGUCUCACUGCUGCCACCUCAAACUCUCUGUGGCCCACUGAAGAUGGAAAUUUCACCUCAGCUGUUAGUGCUUUCAUUUAGACAUGAGCAAAACGAAAGUGUCCUGCAGUGUGAGGUUUAUUUGCCUUCUAAUUGUAUGGAUAUUUCAAGGUGGCCUUUCUUAUACAGACAAAAGCAGUAACCUCCUCCAGGGUCAAUCCACAGAUGUGACAAUUUCACGUGAAAAUUUGAUGCAGUGCAGUAAUAAAUGUUAUUGUGUUCAAGACUUAAGCCAUUGUCCCCAUGAUGACUCUAUGAAAACAGAAAGUCCUGAUAAAGUAAAAAUUCUUUCCUGCUUUUACCUGCUCUCCCCAAUCUCCGUCGGCUGCAGUUUGGAUCGCAAGGGCAUUAACCCAGGAAACACCAGUUACUCCUUGAUUAUCAAGUUGAAUUCAAGGCAUUGCACUUAUUGCACCUUCAACACAUUUUACAAUUUAGAGGUCUCCGUUAUAGCAAGGAACAUCAUAUCCCGUAGUGAGUCAACUUCGAACGUCUAUCAACUUCAGAGUCAUGCAGUAAAAUUACGUCCUCCAGAGAUUACAAGGGUGAAUGGAACCAAACACUCAUUACAUGUGAUGUGGAAUACGGAAAGCUCUGAAAUUCUUGGAUGUAGACUCCGUUAUAAAGCACAUAGUGCUGACCAGUGGAUGCAGGUUUCAGAGAAUGUAAUGAUGGGCAGGGGCAGUGCAAGCUCCAUGUAUGAAAUAAAAGAUCUGCAGCCAUUCAGGAACUACAGUGUUUCCAUUUCCUGUGCUGCCUCUGAGCACUGGAGCGACUGGAGUGCUGAGAGACUGGGGCAGACACUUGAAGAUGCACCAUAUAAAGCUCUGAACAUCUGGCAAACAACUCAGGCACCAAACUCACAGAAGCAAAGAAAGGUGCUCCUCAUGUGGAAGCCUCUAGAUGUUAGUGAUGCGAAUGGAAUUAUACUUGGAUAUCGAGUAUACUACAUGCCAACAAACAAGCAAGCUUUGAAAAAAAUGAUUAACUCAACCAACCUAAAUGAAACCUUGUUUCUAUCGGAUGAAGAAUAUGAGGUGACAGUUCUGGCUUACAAUUUAGUUGGUAAUUCACCCAAAAGCAGCCUUAGAAUCCCUGCUGUUGGUCAAGAAGGUAUGGUUGUUGACCUCCCAGCAGUUAGAGGAGUCACAAUCACACCUGAGGGCAAUGAGCUGUGUGUUGAAUGGGAAACUCCCAAAAUGCCAGUAACUGAAUACGUGAUUCAGUGGUGUUUGGAUACACACCCUUUCCAAAUACACUGGCAGCGGAUUAAUAACACAGUUCUCAAGAUUUCCUUAAAGGGUGAAUUGGAGCCCCUGAAAUGUUAUAACAUUUCUGUAUACCCUAUUUAUGAGGGAGUUCCUGGGGCUCCAACAUCAGAACAAGCGUACCUUAAAGAAGGAGCUCCUAGGAUUGGCCCUAAUGUGACAUUAGGAGGGCUGACAAAAAACUCGGCGAUUGUUAAAUGGAAAGAGAUAAACAAAGAAGAAAGAAAUGGUUUCAUCAAAAACUACCUUGUUAUCCUGCAGAGUGCAGAAGAGACACAAACUCAAACAGUUAACUCACGGGAACUGGAGUACAAAUUUACGAAUCUGACACCAAACACUAAGUACACGAUCUGGGUGGUGGCAUUUACAAAUGGAGGAAAUUCUACAAGCAAUAAGCAUACUUUCAAAACUCCACUUUUCUCAACAAAAGAUGCAGUAAAUACAACUGUUUCAGUAAUAAUUCUUCUUUUCUUUAUGGGGAUCAUCUUCGUCUUUAUCAAAGCAUGCUUUAUAAAGAAAACUUUCUUCAAAAUCCCAAACCCUUCCAGCAGCACCCUUGGAAAAUGGCUUUUGAAUUACACCUGUGAGAAACAACAAAACAGGGACAUCCUGAAACCCGAUGAAGAUUUCUUGAUUGGCGACUUAAAGGUUGUGAACUGGAGCAUGCCAGAAGAAUUUAAGAAUCCACCAAUAAGUGAACACGUGGAAAACACAGUUCUUAUCCUAUAUGCUGUUGAUCCUCCCUCCAUAAAUAAGCUUGAAGGUGAAGAUCUAUGCCUUAAAGAUGUUUUAUCACAAACACCUCUUAAAAGUGAUUAUUUUCAUGCAGCCCAAAUAAAGGCCAUUUUUAACAAUAAAGAGUGCACGAAUACAGAAAACCAUGAGUGCGCUUAUUUAGAGUCAGAUGUCAAACACACUGAAAAACAGCUUAGCAAAAGAACAGCCAGUGACACCAGCAUCCAGCCAUAUAUUACUUUCAAUGAAACAAGAGCUACUUAAUCAAAAAUGUUUCCAUCUCUAAUACUAUUUAAUGUCAAAUGCUGUUUAAUUUAAAAAUGCCUUAAGAUCAAAUAGAACAGAUUUGUGGGAUUUUGAUUCGUAUUGUUGUCUUCAUUUAAGAAUUUGUUGUUUAAAAUAUGACUUUUUUAGCUUUGUAUUUUUUCUUUCCAAUAAUUUAUUUUUGUAAUAUAGAUUUAUACAAAUAGUUUUGCAAAUUAAAGCACUUUACUGUACUUACUUGCAUCACUUGCACCGUAUAAAUGUGUACAUGUGCAUAUGUUCUAUUUUUCUAGAAAAACAAAUUAAUUCUGUAAAUUUAAAACGGAAUGGAAAUUAUAUUCAGAUAUUGUUUAAUGAAAUAUACAGUAUGUGGGGAAAAAUGUAUAACAAAUGUUCUGUGUAACAUUGCCCUCUAAUGGUGUACAUAUCUAAAUACAGUCUAAUGUCCAAAUGCCUAGUGACGAACAUCACUUUUUCCAUCGUAGUCUUCCCAAGCAAAUAUACCACCUUUCAUGUGGUACAUAAACACAAGAAAUUAAUCUGUACCCAUCAAAUUAUGCACUUUUCUUCAGUUUACGAACUAAAUAAGGGCUAUACUGUAUAAUUGUACCCAUCACAGAAAGUCCCUUUUUUAGCGUUUUAAUCAAAUUUAUGUAUGAUGUUUAUGUAAUAGUGAUUUACAUAAUUCAGAAGAUUAUGAUUCUCUUGCAGCUCCAUGUCUCUUUAAAACGAGGGGUAUAUUUUGCAUCAUUUCCCUAUUAAUACACCCAUCAAUCUGUGAAAUGUGUUCACUUUGAGAUGAUGGAACAGGUUCAAAUUCAGUUAAAGCCUAUUAUAUGGCAGUCUAAAGCUAGAGCUCUUGAGUUAGCUUUUCAUUAAUGGUCUUAACCAACCAUUAAACCCUAGUUCAUUACAUAAGAACAUAAGAAGGGUUACAAAAACGAGAGGAGUCUAUGCAACUCAUGUGGUAGCUUGAUCCAAGGCUCUCAUCCAUCUGUUUCUCAAAAGAAGUAAAGGUGUUAUAUUCGGCUGGGUAGCUUGUUCCAUACUCCCACAACCCUUUGAGUAAAGAAGUACUCUGUUUUACGAUCUGAAAUGUACUUCCACAGUUUCCACUUCUGCUCCCAGUUCGUGUUUCACAGUUUCAAACCCACUAUCUAAUCAGAGGGCUCAGCCAGGGAGAGGGGUUGGGUAAGCCUCUGGGAAGUGUGGUGGAAGUGGAAAUGGCCAUAGUGGCUGAAGAUUUAGGAGGUCCUUGAAUGAAAGCAAGAGUUAAAAAUGAAUAAUUUAAUUUAGUACUUUGGGAGAUAAAAUGGACUUAAUGACACCUGCACAUAUAUAGAAUUUGGUAAUUAGGAACUUUUAAAGCACAUGACAUACCAGUUAGCACUGAAGCUCUUCGAUAGGUUUGUUUGUGCUUCCUUCGUUAUUGUCCUAUACUCCUUAUUGUCCAUUUUUGUUUUUUACCUCAUACAGCAGAGCUAGGGAAGCGGUUUGUCACUUAGCCCAGCAAUGCUUGUGCCAUGUUCUCCAAUGCUUGUGUAGUGGUUACUGGGUAAGAUGUGUUACCUUUCUUGAUGUGAUUGUGUGUUAGAUGCAACAGGACAAAACUUAAUUUACUUUGAUUCAGGGCCCAGUAUGUCAAUUCCCAUGGAAGUAAAGCAGUACUGAACUGCCAAGAAAGUGAAAGCUACUAAAAAGGAAAAUGUUUGCCAAAAAUUGAUGUUUUUAAAUGCAUUUGACAGAGAUUAUUCUUAAGAAUGCAUAAAUUAGAAGUUAAAAAUCGAAUAAACUUGUUUUAACGAUA